ACCUUGAGAGAAAUGAGGAAAGAUCGCUGUAAAUUUCAUCUCCGCGCCAUUAAAGCUUCUUGACAGAUUAAAGUUUUCUUUGUCAAACAAAGGCUAUUUGUCUUUUUUAUAUUGAUUAUUAAUAUUUUAAAUUGUUAACGAGAUUGAUUUGGUCAUAGCUUUGUAUUGUGUCUCUUCUGCAAUCUUCGGACUUCAUUUCUCCUUGUUAUUAACAUCUUAUCCCUGCCGGACGGGCACAAGAUGGAGGAGGAGGCGGGCUCGAGUUUCAAGCUUUUCGGGACGGUGAUUCAGAUGGUGGACGGGCAAGGCAAGGAGGAGGUGGAGGUGCCAGGGCGGAUGGCGGUUGAGGAAGAGAGGACUGCGGCGGUAGCGUCGCUGCCGUGCCCGAGGGCCUGCCACCGCUACUGGACCGCCGGCGGCACCCUCCGCAACGUUCUCGUCUGCGCCGGACGACGUAGGGGUUGCCCUGGGCCCCGGGGAAGAGCCGCAGGAGGCAGAGGCGUUCUGGACCACACGUCGCCUGCCGGGUGCUUGGACAGGGCGGCGGAGGAGCGCUGGGCGUGAGGCCGCAUCCGCCAGCGAGGGUUGAUCGACGGGACGACGGGGAGACAGCGUUGACUUUGGAAGCUUCCUGUUGGGUACUCUCAAUUGCGAUAACAUCAAUAUCUGUCCGUGCUAAACACCUAAGACCGUCAUGUCAUAACUGGGCCCGUAUUCACCGUGAUUUACUCCCUCUCAUACUUGUGGGGCCGGGGUGAGGGGGCCGCUGAUAUGUACAAUCGAGUUGAAUAAUUAGAAUU